UCAGUGAGAAAUCACAUGUUGGUUAAUGUUAGGGGAAUGAUGUUUAUAUGAUUUUGCAUGCAAAGCAACGGCGUGAAGCCGUAGCAAAUUUUUGUAGGAUGUGUGGCCAACAAUUUAUUGUCGGAUCUUGUUGGGCAUUGAGGACUAUUCCCAAUGGUUUACAGAAAUAUUUUAUUUCGAAACAAUUUUUGCCCGUAAUGUUAAUGCAUGUUAAUGAUGAAGUUAUUUUUGUUAAAUGUAGAAUCUGGAAAAGCUAUAUGUUCCAAAAUGUUGCUUGUAGGAAGGGCGUUGCCCUAGCUUGUUUUAGGGUAUUUAUCUAGCAUUUGGUAUACGUUAAUGCUUGUGUUUCGGAUGUCUUUGGAAAAGAAACUACGAAAUUUUUCAGAUGAUGUUUAUUGUAGUUAAAUGAGAAUGGAAAGGUUCAGCGGACAUAUCGAGUUUUUCCAGAAAUUUUGGACAGCAGUGUUGGUUUGCGAGUGUAACGACUGACACUCCACGCCAUUCUUGGCCUGUUAGAACGUCCUAAAAAACUUUAUCCAGGACCCAUAACGCUCAGGCAUAAAUGCAUACACAUACGGCUUAAGAGCGGGUCAGAACUGCAGUGGUUACUGGGUUAUUUUUCUAAAAGGCGUACGAUUAUGCAGUUAAAAUAUGAAGCUUUCAACUGAGUCGUGGGCCAAGUGAUGGCAGCACUUCCCAGUGUGGAGGAGAACAGUGCUCUGCUUCAUGAUUCUGAUAGCUCUGAUGUUGUUGCCUCUAAGAGUACUGAGCAACUGGAACCACUGGACUGUUUGACGGAGUCCCUCACUAUGCUCGUGUCAGCAGCAAAGGAAGGGGAACAACUACAAGAUGGCGAGAGCCUCAUUGUGAGUGCCACAGACAACGGCUUGACUUUUGACAGCACUGCCAUGCUGACAGCUGUUACCUUGGCUGAUGGCACCCAGGCCUUUGUGGCACAGGACCUCAAGCUGGACACAGAUGGGUUGGAGACAGCAGAGGCACUGCAGUUGGAAGAUGGGAGCACCUUGCUGAUCCAGGAGAUUCCAAAGUUCCUGGAUGGACAUACAAUUCAGCUGGAAGAUGGCAGCACUGCCAUCGUGCAUCCCAACAUUAAAGCUGGAGACAGCUGCCAGCCAGUAGAGCUCGAAGACGGUUCCACAGCAUACAUUGCGUUAAGUGGAUCAGUGCUGAAUGCUUUGAGUCUAGAGGGAUUGGCUGCAUUGGGAGGCGAGAGCCUUAAAGUGUCUGGCCAUGUUAAUGGUGGAGUAGAAGAUGAGGAGGGUGAACUUUUUGUGCGGGAUCGUGCGAAAAGCUUCAUGUGCCCUCAUGAAGGUUGUGGAAAAUUGUACACUACUCUGCAUCAUCUCAAGGUUCAUGAACGUGCCCACACAGGUGAUCGUCCGUUCCGUUGUACAGAAUCUGGCUGUGACAAAGCAUUUGCGACAGGUUAUGGUCGGAAGGCCCAUGUUCGUACUCAUACUGGGGAGAAGCCCUAUAAGUGCCCUGAGGAAACGUGUGGCAAGAGCUUUAAGACAUCAGGUGACCUCCAGAAGCAUGUUCGCACACAUACAGGAGAACGUCCUUUCCGAUGCCCCAUUCCUGGCUGUGGACGAUCUUUCACAACAUCCAACAUUCGAAAGGUUCAUGUUCGCACACAUACAGGGGAACGCCCUUAUGUGUGUCCUGAAGAAGGCUGUGAUCGAGCAUUUGCUUCAGCUACAAAUUAUAAGAACCAUCUGCGUAUACACAGUGGUGAGAAGCCCUAUGUCUGCACUGUGCAGGGAUGUGGGAAAAGGUUCACCGAAUACUCGUCACUCUACAAGCACCAUAUGGUUCACACCCAGCAGAAGCCCUACUACUGUUCAGUGUGUGCACGUCAUUACCGCCAGGCCUCCACCCUGACAAUGCAUAAACGUACAGCACAUGGAAUUGUGGAAGCAGAUGAUGGCACUGAGAUUGUACUCGGUGAAACAGUGUUCGCCCUGGCAAAUGCUACGUCUGGUUCUACAGGCAGCAAGAGAAUCAACUCUCUUGGUUCAAGUUUGUUGGGGUUGAAGGAUGGUAACACAUUGGUAGCACUGCAGACUUCGGACAGAUCGAGUCAGCUGGACAAUGUAUCUGAAGGGCAGUUCCUGGUUGUUGCAGACCCAGCCCAGCUUGCUGCUUUGGAGCAACUUGGGGUGGCCACAACUCAAGCAGAUGAAGCAGAGGAUAUCGAGUUGGCCGAGGAUGCAUCGUCAGAUGGUAGUACUCUGCCGAUUUAAGUACUCACCAGCUGUGAAUAUGAUAAGGCAGUGUGAGAUGUGCGUCAUCUGAGAACAGUUUAUCAUCUUGUAUGACUGUAUGUUGCUUUCAUUGUCAAACAGAUGAAAAAUGUUCAGUUGGAUUACAGAUGUGCCAAAACUGCCCAUUGGUUAAACAAAAGUGGUGUACAUUUUUCUUUGUUUAGAAUGUAUGUGUGGGUUUACCAGGUACCAACAUCUUUUAGAGCUGCAAGCACAAUAAAGAGCUGACUGUGUAUGAAACAUGUCCCUUAAAACUGAGCUAUAGCCAGUACAAUCCUGUUGUCAUUUUGUGUUGUUGGCAGACAGGUCACAUAGGAAGAAAAGGUUGAGAGUGGAUUUUUAGAUUCAACAGUACUGACUGAAGAGUAUAGUUUUCCUUACGGGUUGCAAUACUGUGCAGCUCAGUGCCAGCUUGUUGCAGUUAAUCUCAGAUGUCAACAAAGAGUUAGGACUGUUUGGCAAAAGUUCCAGGUUUCCAUAAAUAUAGCACUGUAGAAUCAGGCUCAGUAACAGAAGUCAAUAUGACAUGUCACAUUUUACAAAACCAAAGUUGACAGUUUUAAUUACAGGGUUAAUAAACUAUUUGGAAAUGUUUAAAUUUUUUAAUAUACAGGUCAUUUUUAAAGUUAACCAAUUGUGCGCCCUGCCCACACAGGUCAUUGACUGGAGGUUUUUGAAGGCUGAGAGCUAUUGUCAGACCCCCUGCCAUGUCCCCAGUGUUUGCUGAGCAAUUGAGUGAAUUUGUUGCUAUGUUACCAUGCUUUAUAAAGAACCUUGUCAAUCACUAGUUGCUGUGUCACCAUGCUUUAUAAAGUACCGUGUCGAUCACUAAUCCUGCCAAUUGUGAGGUAUAUUCAGUGGUUUGAUUUUAUCACCAACUUGUCGCAAUGUAUGGGGAAGGUGUGGAAGUGGUG